GCCCCCAGUCCAGGCAGGUAUAAGGCCACCUCCGCAGACCAGGACAACCCAGAAGCAAAAGAGAAGAGCUACCAUGUCCCCUUGGAGCAGACAGCGACCCAAAAGCCCAGGGGGCAUUCAACCCCAUCUUUCUAGAACUCUGUUCCUGCUGCUGCUGUUAGCAGCCUCAGCCUGGGGGGUCACCCUGAGCCCCAAAGACUGCCAGGUGUUCCGCUCAGACCGUGGCAGCUCCAUCUCCUGUCAACCACCUGCCGACAUCCCCAGCUACCUGCCAGCCGACACCGUGCACCUGGCCGUGGAAUUCUUCAACCUGACCCACCUGCCAGGCAACCUCCUCCAGGGCGCCUCUAAGCUCCAAGAAUUGCACCUCUCCAGCAACGGGCUGGAAAGCCUCUCGCCCGAAUUCCUGCGGCCAGUGCCGUGGCUGAGGGUGCUGGAUCUAACCCGAAACGCCCUGACCGGGCUGCCCCCGGGCCUCUUCCAGGCCUCAGCCGCCCUGGACACCCUGGUGUUGAAAGAAAACCAGCUGGAGGUCCUAGAGGCCUCGUGGCUGCACGGCCUGAAAGCUCUGGGGCAUCUGGACCUGUCUGGGAACCGCCUCCGGAAACUGCCCCCGGGGCUGCUGGCCAACUUCACCCUCCUGCGCACCCUUGACCUUGGGGAGAACCAGUUGGAGACCUUGCCACCUGACCUCCUGAGGGGUCCGCUGCAAUUAGAACGGCUACAUCUAGAAGGCAACAAAUUACAAGUACUGGGAAAGGAUCUCCUCUUGCCCCAGCCGGACCUGCGCUACCUUUUCCUGAACGGCAACAAGCUGGCCAGGGUGGCAGCCGGUGCCUUCCAGGGCCUGCGGCAGCUGGACAUGCUGGACCUCUCCAAUAACUCGCUGGCCAGCGUGCCCGAGGGGCUCUGGGCAUCCCUAGGGCAGCCAAACCGGGACAUGAGGGAUGGCUUCGACAUCUCCGGCAACCCCUGGAUCUGUGACCAGAACCUGAGCGACCUCUAUCGUUGGCUUCAGGCCCAAAAAGACAAGAUGUUUUCCCAGAAUGACACGCGCUGUGCUGGGCCUGAAGCCGUGAAGGGCCAGACGCUCCUGGCAGUGGCCGAGUCCGAGUGAGAACCGGGGGCUGGGGGUUGAGGGUGGGGGGUCUGGUAGAACACUGCAACCCACUUAGCAAAUAAUCCUGCCUUUGGCCGGGCGCGGUGGCUCAUGCCUGUAAUCCCAGCACUUUGGGAGGCUGAGGCGGGAAGAUCACAAGGUCAGGAGAUCGAGACCAUCCUGGCUGACACAGUGAAACCCCGUCUCUACUAAAAAUACAAAAAAUUAGCCGGGCAUGGUGGCGGGCGCCUGUAGUCCCAGCGACUCGGGAGGCUGAGGCAGGAGAAUGGCAUGAACCUGGGAGGUGGAGCUUGCAGUGAGCCAAGAUGGCGCCACUGCACUCUAGCCUGGGUGACAGAGCAAGACUCUGUCUCAAAAAAAUAAAAAUAAAAAACAAAGAAUCCUGCCUUUUACAGGUGAGACUCAGGGCUGUCCAUAGUGGCUGGGACCCCGUUUCACCCACCCAUGCGUCCUAGAACACACGAUGGGCUUUCCUUACCCAUGUCCAAGGUGUGCCCUCCAUCUGGAAUGCCGUUCCCUGUUUCCCAGAUCUCUUGAACUCUGGGUUCUCCCAGCCCCUUGUCCUUCCUUCCAGCUGAGCCCUGGCCACACUGGGGCUGCCCUUCUCUGACUCUGUCUUCCCCAAGUCAGGGGGCUCUCUGAGUGCAGGGUCUGGUGCUGAGUCCCUUUAGCUUGGGGUCAGAACCAAGGGGUUUAAUAAAUAACCCUUGAAAACUG